AUGCACAAGCCCAUGGAGAAGUCCCAAAACUUCCGCAUCGAAGCGCUCCUGGCCGAAGAGCCGGCGCGGAGCGCCUCCCCGCCGGGGCUGAGCCCCGGGAGCCCCGCGUCGAGCCCCGGUCCCGCCGGGCGCUCCGACACCCCCUCACCGCGGGCACCCCCGGCCGCUGCGCCCCUCGCCCCGGCCGGCUUCGUCCCCAAGCCCGGCUUGCUGCACCUCUCUGGCGCGGGGCUCGGCGCCCUGCCGGCCCUGUACCCCCCCGCCGUGUACCCGCUCCCGACCCUGGGGGGCCAGCACCCCGCGUUCGCCUACACCGGCAUCCCGCACCUGCCGCCGCCCGGCGCGGAGCACCUGAAGGCGGCCGUGGCCGGCUCCUUCCCGCUGGAGCACUGGAUCCGAGCCGGGAUGCUGGUGCCGAGGCUCUCCGACUUCAAUGCUGCCCCGCAGUCUGGUUUGAUGGGGAAGUGCCGUCGGCCCCGCACAGCAUUCACCAGCCAGCAGCUCCUGGAGCUGGAGAACCAGUUCAAGCUCAACAAAUAUCUGUCCAGACCCAAGCGUUUUGAGGUGGCCACGUCGCUGAUGCUCACUGAGACACAGGUGAAGAUCUGGUUCCAGAACCGCCGCAUGAAGUGGAAGCGGAGCCGCAAGGCCAAGGAGCAGGGGGCUCAGGUGGAGCCUGAGAAGCAACGAGGGCUCAGCAAAACCUGUGAGAAGCUGCUGCCCAGCGAGCCCCAGGGACAAGCUGCCGAAAGCCCCGAGUUCAUGGGGCACAGCCCUGACUCGGGCUUCCUGCACUGCAGCGCCGCCGAGCUGAGCUAUGGCCAGGACUCGUCUUGCUCGGGGGGCGAGGAAGAGGAGGAGGACGAGAUGGGCGCCACAGAGAGGAAGAUUGGCUCUGUGUUGUGA